AUGCCGGUUGAUGAAGACCCCGAAUGGGAAGAAGAUGCGCCGAGUGAAGCAGAAGACGAAGCUCUCUUCGUCUCUCGAACGGCUGUGCCCAUCAUCGUCACAGACGAUCCGCUUGACGAUCCGUGCGACCUAGUAACGUCUGACAAUUUUGGGCACCGUGCUGCGGAUGACGAGGAAGGAGACGUCACCAAAUACGGCUAUCUCCGGGGGCGCGGAUUCAAUCGAUACCACGAUGUCGUCGGCCGCGGACCACCUAACGCCGAGAAGCUAGAGCUCUUGCCGUCUUACGGGGUCCUUGGCCAGAAGUGUCUAAACGACGAAAGGCGCGACCCGAACCAGAUACGCUCCGAAAAGCAAGACGGGAGACUCAGAAUCGCCAUUCAAGGUGUCGCGUGGGUCAUUCCGGAGGGCCAUGAGGACCCGAUCAGGUUGCUGGAUCCCAAAUAUCUAGAGGCGAAGACGAAAGACGACGCGCACGCCGAUGGAAGAGGUGCGAGGGGAAAGGAGCGAAGGAAACCCCUCCCGCAUACCGUAGUUAAGGUAAAGUGGUUGAAUGGAAACAACCAGAAAACGUUCGAGACGCGGUCCACAGUCAGGUCGGUUUUCGGCAUGAAGCCAAUGGCCGCUGUCCGAGACUAUACGAUCGGGGACCGAGUCAUUCUCGCGAAGGGUACGGUUAUGCCAGCCGCCGAUCUGGCCAUCUUCGCAGCUGCCAUCAUCUCUUGGGAUCGUCAUGAAGAGUGGAAGAGGGGUGAUCGUAAGAGAGAAGAGCGCAGCCCCACGCCUCACGAUCCGCUGGAGGUGACAAAGACCAAGCGCGGCGCGAAGAAAGCGGCCAAGUGA